AUGUCAAACAUGGAUGCGCCAGCUCCCGCUGUGCUCCACGGCGACUCCCAGCGCAUGGACACGCACUACAGCGGAGAAAAAAAUCAGCACGAUUUCUUCGAGGACCUGGCUACCUACAUCAUCGUGAACAAGAACGACAAAAAUUGCCAUGUGGCAAAGAGCCAGACCCAAGCGGAGCACAAAUGGUCCGAAAAGUCAACCCCGGAGGAUACUAAGCCCAUGACGGUCGCAAACGGCAACACGACCCCCAGAAACCAAAAGCAUAGCGAAGAGGACGUCAAUGACGCCGAGGGUGGUGAGGCGGACAAGUACAAGUGGAAACCCGGUUUCUGCCUCCAGCUCGGCUCGCAGGGCCGAAAGGCGAUGCUGCAGCUGCUCAGGAACGUCUACAAGAGCAACAAGAAGUUCAAGCACAUCUUCGAGAAGAUGGACCCGCCGACCACGAUCAGCAACCUCCCCUUCUUCAAGGUCUCGAUGCUGUGGGAGCUUGCACACGAGCUGGGCGUCUUCGACCAGGCGAUUGCCAUCCACAAGAUAUACGGCAAGGUGAGGCACAAGCUGGUGAAGAACGGCGCGGCGCAAGGGGCGCCGUUCUACGAGGGGUACUCCCCCAGGGCCGCCGUGUCCCGGAGCCCCAAAAUGCGGCGCAUGCCUAACCCGAUGUACGGCCCGCCGUACUACAACACCACGAACGACGACGAGAGGCGCUUCUACCUCGAGCACAGCAACAACAUGAACCAGAUCAAGCGGAAGGUGGAGCACCUCGUGGCGCUGAACAAGUCCACCCCCGAAGAGUACAUGAAUGGCAUGGUUCCGUACAAGCAAAGGAAGUGUGUGGUGGGCAUGCAGCCCGGGCACGUGGAUAACAACCUGCACGCGAUGCAGAUGCAAUCCAACAACAUGUACGACUACAUCCCCAGAAUGGGCAACCAGGUGUACUCCUGCGCGGCUCUGGACUGUGGUCUGAUCCCGCAGUAG